GCCUAUGCAUGUAAUAGCAGCAGCAUUUGACUGAUCUUAGCAACUCAGUCGCAUCCAAUCUCAUAUUGGAAUUUGGAAGUGAAGGUCAAGGGAAUGUUUCCAAGCCUAAGGCCCAGACCAACAGCGGCCCGCGUGCUGCUAAACUCCGGCGGGCGCUCCAACCGGCCCCGCUGUUUUCGGCCAACAAUCUUUGCCUCGUCUUGGUUUUGCACCGCCAAACAACACCCCGCAUCUACAUCUGCAUCUGCAUACACUUCCCCAUCCAUCAUGACCCCCCCCACCGACCGCCGCCCCAUCAUCAUCUCCGGCCCCAGCGGGGUCGGAAAGGGCACGCUGUUCAACAUGCUCUUCGAGAAACACCCGGAUACGUAUACGCUAUCCAUCUCGCACACGACGCGCAGUCCGCGCCCGGGCGAGAAGCAUGGCGUGAACUAUUACUAUGUGACGAAGGAUGAGUUCCGGGACUUGAUUGCGCAGGAUAAGUUUGUGGAGAAUGCCCAAUUCGGAGACAACUUCUACGGAACGAGCAAAAUGACCAUCGAAGAGCAGACCGCCAAGGGCAAGGUCGUCGUGCUGGACAUCGAGAUGGAGGGCGUGAAGCAGGUGCGGAACUCGUCGAUUGGGGCGCGCUACGUCUUUAUUGCGCCGCCGAGUGAGGAGGAGCUGGAGAGGAGACUGCGCGGGCGGGGCACUGAGACGGAAGAUAGUGUGCUGAAGCGGUUGGCGCAGGCGAAGAAGGAGUUGGAAUUUGGGCGGCAGGGGGGUUUGAUAAGGUUAUUGUGAAUGAGGAUUUGGACAAGGCGUAUAAGGAGUUGGAGGAGUGGGUUUAUGUUUAGGAUUAUCCAUCAUGGGGUUGGGGGUUGUGUGUGUGUGUUUUGGAUUGCGUUAUACACCGUUGUCGUAAUUUUGUUUUA